GCGCCGCGGAGCGCCGCGCGGACCCCGGGAGCCCGCGGCAGCGCGCGUGCCGCCGGCGGCGCGGUCAGCCCGGGGCCCCGCCUGCGCGGCCGGGCCGGCGGGCGGCGGCGCCCAGGGACGCCGGGGGCCCGUUCGCGCCCGCCGCCUCGGCUCCGCCGCCGCUCGGUUACCUAGACCCUCCCGUCCCUGCCGCUUCCCGCUUCCCUCACUCCCGAAUCUGGAUGGGACGCUGGGGAAAAUGGACAGGGUCGUGCUGGCGUGGGCUGCUCUCUUCUGGCUAACAGCCAUGGCUGAAGGCCUUCAGGUCACCGUGCCUGACAAGAAGAAGGUGGCCAUGCUCUUCCAGCCCACUGUGCUUCGCUGCCACUUCUCCACGUCCUCCCAUCAGCCUGCAGUCGUGCAGUGGAAGUUCAAGUCCUACUGCCAGGAUCGCAUGGGGGAAUCCUUGGGCAUGUCCUCUCCCCGGGCCCAAUCUCUCAGCAAAAGAAACCUGGAAUGGGACCCCUACUUGGAUUGCUUAGACAGCAGGAGAACUGUUCGAGUGGUAGCUUCCAAACAGGGCUCGACUGUGACCCUGGGAGAUUUCUACAGGGGCAGAGAGAUCACGAUUGUUCAUGAUGCAGAUCUUCAAAUUGGGAAGCUCAUGUGGGGAGACAGUGGCCUCUAUUACUGUAUCAUCACCACCCCUGACGACCUGGAGGGCAAGAACGAGGACUCGGUGGAAUUGCUGGUGUUGGGCAGGACAGGGCUGCUUGCUGAUCUCUUGCCCAGUUUUGCUGUGGAGAUUAUGCCAGAGUGGGUGUUUGUUGGCCUGGUGAUCCUGGGAGUCUUCCUCUUCUUCGUCCUGGUGGGGAUCUGCUGGUGCCAGUGCUGCCCUCACAGCUGCUGUUGCUACGUCCGCUGCCCGUGUUGUCCAGACUCCUGCUGCUGCCCGCAGGCCUUGUAUGAAGCAGGGAAAGCAGCAAAGGCCGGGUACCCUCCCUCUCUCGCCGGUGUCCCCGGCCCUUACUCCAUCCCCUCUGUCCCUUUGGGAGGAGCCCCCUCAUCUGGCAUGCUGAUGGACAAGCCGCAUCCACCUCCCCUGGCACCAAGUGACUCCACUGGAGGCAGCCACAGUGUUCGCAAAGGUUACCGGAUCCAAGCUGACAAAGAGAGAGACUCCAUGAAGGUCCUAUACUAUGUCGAGAAGGAGCUGGCUCAGUUUGAUCCAGCCAGAAGGAUGAGAGGCAGAUAUAACAACACCAUCUCGGAACUCAGCUCCCUGCAUGAGGAAGACAGCAGUUUCCGCCAGUCUUACCAUCAGAUGCGAAGCAAGCAGUUCCCUGUGUCCGGGGACUUGGAGAGCAAUCCUGACUACUGGUCAGGCGUCAUGGGAGGCAGCAGUGGGGCAAGCCGGGGGCCCUCGGCCAUGGAGUAUAACAAAGAGGACCGGGAGAGCUUCAGGCACAGCCAGCAGCGCUCCAAAUCCGAGAUGCUGUCGCGGAAGAACUUCGCCACCGGGGUGCCGGCCGUCUCCAUGGACGAGCUGGCGGCCUUCGCCGACUCCUACGGCCCGCGGGCCCGCAGGGCGGACGGCAACAACCACGAGGCCCGGGGCGGGAGCCGCUUCGAGCGCUCGGAGGCGCGGGCGCACGGCGCCUUCUACCAGGACGGCUCCCUGGAGGAGUACUACGGGCAGCGGAGCCGCAGCCGGGAGCCCCUGACCGACGCAGAGCGCGGCUGGUCCUAUAGCCCCCCGCGCCGGCGGCCGCCCGACGAUGCGCACCUGCCCCGCCUGGUGAGCCGCACGCCGGGCACCGCGCCCAAGUACGACCACUCGUUCCGGGGCGCGGGGCUAGAGCGGCAGGCGCGGCCCGAGGGCGCCAGCCGCGGCGGCAGCCUCGAGACGCCGUCCAAGCUGAGCGCGCAGCUCGGCCCGCGCAGCGCCUCCUACUACGCCUGGUCGCCGUCGUCCACCUACGAGGCGGGCGCGCCCCAGGGCGACGAGGAGGACGCGCCCGACGACGCGCUGCCGCCCUACAGCGAGCGCGAGCUCAGCCGGGGCCCGUCCUUCCGCGGCCGCGACCUGCCCUACCACAGCAACUCGGAGAAGAAGAGGAAGAAGGAGCCCGCCAAGAAGACGAGUGACUUUCCAACGAGGAUGUCCCUUGUGGUCUGAUGUUUGUUUUCAAGACAACUCUCUGGAUGACUAGAAAUCAGAAGCAGAACACGGGAACAAGACAAAUCCGAGAAGCAGCAGGCCCGGGACCUUCUCUGGCCACCACCUUGGAAGAUUUGCUGAUCUUUGCUUUGGCAAGGGAUGGUGGGGGCAGCCUUUAAUGGAGGCUGAUUCCAAAGCUCAGUGUCCAUCUAACUAGUUUGAGAAACUUAUCAAGAAAACAGCUACGUGUGAGCUCAUUCCCACACAUGGAGUUUCUCACCCACAGAGUUCAUCCUGCCCGGUCUCCUUCCUUAGCCACACCAGGAUUCCUUUUCCAGUUCUGAAAGGGAGUUAGCUCUGGACUGCUGAUGUCCAGAUAACACUUAUGCCUGCAGUCUGCUUUUCUAUACCUCCUGUGCUGUGUUUAGCCACAGAAUUGAUUACUGCCGUUAGAAGGCCUUCACUGACAGGGGAGGGUAGCUUCAGGCAAAGUAUACCUUUUAGCCCCAUCACCUCCCAGUCAGUAGUCAGUGACUGUGGUUACACUGAAAUCAGGCCCAUGGUGAGCUCAGUGAUGGGGACCUGCUGCACAAUCACAGAAGUGACGUCAAUUUGCUGUCCUGAACGACCGCUCUUGAGUGGCUGGAACAAAACAAGAGCUGUCGCAGUGGUAUUUCUUCUUCCGUCCUGAGAACAUAAACUGAUUUUUCCCUCUCAGCACAGUGACGUCUGAGUCUUGACCAUCAAGGGCUCUCCUUGUCCUCCCCUCUCCUGGACUCUCCACAGGUUGGUGCCGCGCACAGAGCCCCGCCUCCCUCUGCACUCUGAUUAGGUUGUCAUCAGGUGCCUUUUGACAAAUGCUUAAAGUACACACAUGAAAGAGAAGAGGGAGAAAAACCAGUAAUACAAAAUAGAGAAGAAUGAGAAAGCAUCUAAAAAGGAAAGAAUAUAUCAUCUCAUUAUAUUUUGAAUAUGGGCCAUUUCCCCCAUAGACUCCACUGGCUCUUCCGUGUGUUUUAUACUUCAUCUACCAUGAGUCAUUCCUACCAUCCCAGCUUCAUCCUUCCAGGACAUCCAAGUGUGGAGCGGGCAUCCGUGGGCCUCACCAGGCUGCCAGGUUGGGAGAUGAGGGAUACUGCUUUCUCAGGAAGGAGCACUUCCUAUUCCCACCCUUGCCUAGAUGAUAGAUUUCGCCUACAUCCCAAAGCUGGAUCUCUCUGGAUUUUGUAACUUAGAUAGAUUGUGAAAAAUGGCCACAAACUCUUCCCCUCUCAUCAAGAGGUGCAGUCUGUUUCUCAAGCCCUUGAAUCUGGGUUUGGCCAUGUGAUUCGAUUUGGCCAGUGGUCCCAUAACAGAUGUGACACAAGCAGAGACUUGACAAAUUCUUGUGCCGGGGGCUCGUCCUCUCUUGCUGCUGUUGGGAACCUUGCAGUCCCACCGGUGAAUGAGCCUGGGCUGGCCUGCUGCAUGAUGAGAGAAAGGGGCCCAGUUACCCCCAUCACCCUAACUGGCAGCCUAUCAACUCUCACCUGAUUGCAGACACAUGAGUGAGCCCAGCCUAGACCAACAGAAGAGCUGCCUAGCUGAGCCCAGCCCAAACUGCUGAUUCCUACUCAAGGCAUGAGAAGUUGGUGCACUCUUUAAAUGUUCAUUUCUCUUCAAGGAAAAACUGACUUUUUCUUCUUGUCUGAAUGUUUAGCCCUAAAACCCUGACUCCAUCUAACCUUAGGUGUCUCUCAGUCUCCAUUUUCUUUGAUAGACUUUUGUCAAAGCUUUUCAUCCCACACUACCAUGGUGGGAUACAUGGUUGAGUCAAAUCACUGGAGGACAAUGAUGCCUGGUCUCACUAUCCCUCUGCUCCCAGCAGUGGUCCAUCCUCUAUCUAUGGAUCCAUGGACAACCUCUGAAGAAGGUUUCUUCUUCAGCAUCUCAUGGCUCUUCUCCAGAACCAUCUGACUGGAGCUAGGCCCUUUUCUCAGAGUACCAUUCCAUUGGUGUCCAUUUAAUUCAUGGCAUUUCCAAACCAGUCCUGUGUGUGCAAUGAAAUCAAGAAGUGGCUGGGAGAGGGUCAGAAGGAUGAGUUGAUAUCAUUGCUCGGGGGAGAAUUGCCCUGCCAAAGGACUUCACAGUGGCCUUGGCCUUUGUGAGUGGAACCAGGAGAACAGUUCAGCCCAGUGCCGGCACUUCCAAGGGCUGGAAGACACAAGCCAUAACCCUGGUGCUGAGUUUUAGACUUGCUGGUGUCCCUGGCCUCUGAAACCUUAGGUCUAGUCUGUCCUUUUGGGCCCUGAUUCCGAUGGAAAAGAUGAUUAAAACGUUAUUUCUUAGUCACCAGCUUUGGAUUUCAACUUGCUCAGGCAAUUUUAGAGAAACUUGGGUAGCUGCAGUAGCGAUUCUCUCUUUAUAUUGAGCACUGUGUCAGGUUAUUCACCACCAAAGAGCCCCAUAGCACCAGCUGCAGAGACCAAAAAUACUGCUUUUAUUAGCCGGGGGCAAGCAUGAUUUUGGUGAAGGUCAAAGGGAGCCAUGGGAAAGAAUUAUUAAAAUUGGAAACCUGCAGUUCCAAAGACAACAAAACUACAGACAGACAAUAAAGAAAACAAAGAUGAUAACAGGCUACUGAAAUAACCUGGGGAGAUGGGACCAGGUUGUCCUCUGAAGGGCUGCAUACAUCACUCAGACCUCCAGCCUCCAGCUGAGAGAGAAAACAGUCAUUUCUGGGUAUGUGGACAGGAGAUAAGGCUGACUGGGCAAGUAAAGGCAAAGCUGGCCUUCCUCGGCACCCCGGCUUUUCUCAGCACAUCCUUCUGUUUCUGCUCCCCCAAACAGUCUGUCCCGCUUAUACGUGAGCUUCCUUCCUAGGUGUUACAGGGAGUACAAGAUAAGACUGUGUAAGACAUGGUCUCUGUCCAUGGGGACCCUGCAAUUGAAUAGAGGAAAUAAGACAUGCCCAAGAAAGAAUUGGGAGAUUUUAUGCAUAUAAUAUGAACUGUUGCUAUGGAUAAAUUACAACAAACCCAGAGAAUUAAAGGUUUUUAAUUUAAAUGGGUAUAUUUUGAUAUUUAAGUGUUGUGUGUGUUUGUACAUCCAUCCUAUUUAAAUAUAUGCUCAGUGAUCUGAAAAGCCAAUAUUAAAAAGUCUGAGCUGAAAAGGUGAGCUAGGAUGGGGAUGGUUGAGAGGCAGAGGUCCCAGUGGGAUGAUGCAUGACAGUGUUUGCCUGUGAGUCACAGCUGAGUCAGGGACGUGUUGGAUGAGGGGGCAUGGAUGCAGGUGGCAGGUAGAUGAACUUCUCUAGAGACUCGUGAGGAAGCUAGGAACGUUUGCUGGACCUAGUGCUUACGGGGGAGCUCUCCGUCUGCUUCUCCAGGGCUUCAGUUCUGCAGCCAUGAGCAUUGCUGCCCACGUUUACUGACGCGGAGAACAUCUUGCAGAGAUGAUGAGCCUCUCCUCUCUCUUCUCUGCACCUGGCACGGGACUGUGCAAACUGGGCACAGUGGGAAGUGGCUGCCACUCUAGCCCAAGGCACCCCAUGCUGAAAAAAACCUAGCCACAUAUGUAAAUAUUUCUAACUAGUCUGAAAGACUUCGUAUAGGUGAUCUGAUCAGACCUUAGGCAGCCUUUGAGAGAGGCUGAGGUUACAGAUAGUGUUGUAACCCACCCCCUCUUUUCUGUAUAGAGGGAGAAAUAAACCAGCACUACCAUUAGUGAAGUCAAAAACCUAAUUGGGUCUUUAGACUCUAAGGUCUUUUCUACUGAACCAGUGUUUCCCCAGAUUGCCUAACCAUAUGAAUUACUUGAUUGCUGUUAAAAAUGUAUUGUUGGGUUCCUGCCUGGGAUAUUGAUGGGAUGGGUCUAGAGCUAGGAUUUGUAUUUUUAAUAGGCAUUUCAGGAGAGUCCUGUGAUCACAUGUAUCUGGAAAAUCUUACGCUAGAUCAUACCUCAUCAUGUGCCCCAAGCACUUGGUCCUGAGGCUUCCUCAGGCUUCGAAAUUUUUUCUUCCGAUGUGCUGGUGAGGUCGCUCUUGCUCCCUUGGGGCCAGCAAUGAUAAAGCCUCCAGCAGUCUGGCUCUGAUGGUGUUGACUGGCUCACCAGGGUCCGAGAGUAGGAGAACUGUGCAAGGCAGACAGAAAGGCGCACUAGGAGCACGCCCCAGGGGGCUGCCCCAGAUGUUUCCAGUCCUAGAAUAGAGAGCCUGUUGUGACCAUCUCAGAUCUGACAACAAGAAUUACAGGUCAUUUUCUCAUUCCCUUGAUGUCAUUCUGAGCAAAACUUAGAGCAUGAAUAGAAAGAAAAGAGACCAUUGGGGAAAUGGCAAAAAAAAAAUCACUUUUUGAAGCAUUCAAAUCAUCAGCCUGGCUGGUCAUCUCCUACUUCUGCCUUUAGACCCAAAGUGGGAUGGGCAAGAAUAAUACAAUCUAUGUUACAAAUCCUUCCAACAUCAGAUUUAAAUGCUGCCACAAUCUGACAGGAGCUUGAAAUUGGUUUAUAGGAUGUAGGAUCCAAAUUCACCGAAAUAGGGGCCAGAUACUUAAAGAAAAAAGUGCCUAGAUUUUUCCUGCCAGGAUUCUUCCUCCUCUUUACCUGGGAAGCUGUUCAAUGAAGCUCCGGAUAAGGGACUUUUAACAUCAGAGGGGAGCAAAGAGUGCAGAGCUGCUUUAAGCAGUGGCCUGAGCUUUAGCACUAUAAAAAUAAAGUUUGUAUUAUUUUUAUGGUGUAUUACUGUUUAAAGACCACUUUCACAUGCAUUGUCUCAUUUGAUCCUCACAAUGACCGCUGUGAUAGAGGCAGGGUGGAUGUAGUGGUCCCAUUAAACAGAAUGUAAAACUGAGGCUGAAAAAAACUAAGUGAUUUGCCUAUAGUCAAACAAUUUUUUAAAUCAUAGAGCCAGGCCUUCUGACUGUCGAGGGUUCUUUCCAAUUCCUAUAAUACCCAUGGGAGUGGAAUCAUCCCAACAUCUGGGGAGAAGAGUCCUGGACGCGAUGCUCAGUCAUGGCAUCACUGGGGUGAAGCUAUAGGGACAGGCACUGUGGCUGCCUCACCCUCCCAAGCACCGGUCCUCAAAUGGUGCUCUAAGACGGAGUCAGCUCUACUCAAGGAGACUUUCAUUUUCAUUAGCCACGUUGGAGGGGAAAAGGCUUUAAUAAAAAUGUGCUUCAGAUUUUAGAAUCCAUCCUGAAGAGUAAUUUCUGAGCCAAACUACAAAUUCAUCUAGACUCAGAAUUCCAGGGCUUGGGGGUGACCUGCCUGGAAUGAACUAUCUGGCAUCUUCACUGCAUUGGGGGAUUUUAGGUAGAACUGAGAGGGGCCAGAUAUAGAGGAAGCCAAUACAGUAGUUUAGUUAAAAGUUUUGUUAGGGUUUCUUGGUGAGGCUGGAUACAGGCCCAUGUGGUCUGGCCCAUUUCUUCUGGCGAGGCUAGAAGAGACACAAAUAGCUUGCCUCUUAUCUUGGCUUUCAGAAAAGCCACUCUGUUAAUAAAGGUAUUAGGCACUAUCCAAUGAGAAUUUUCCUUGCGAGAAUAAAGGAAAAGGGAAUAGAAGGAACAAUAGGACAAAGAAAGGUCAGAAAGCUACUUCAUGAGGGUCACCUGCCCAGUUAUUUUUGUGCCUUGUCUGUGGCAUCAAAACUGAGAUGUUUGUAUCCCUGUUGCCCGUGACUUUUUUUCAGUGUCACCCAUACAAACUGAAUUUGGUUGUAACGUUUAAACUAAAUAAAGCCUUUUCACCUAUGUUGGUUAUCAAG